UUCCAUUCUCUAUACCCACAAAAAACAGACAGUAAACGAGCCAGGUUUACGGGAAAAUAAAGAUCAUGGCGGGAGCUGCACGGCUGCAAAACAAUAGUGAAAAUUCGGUUCAUGGUCGUGGUGCAAGAUGUAGAAUUUUGUAGAAAUUAUAUCAUGUACCUUCAGUGAUUGAGUUUUAGUUAGAAAUCACUCAUCCCAUGGACCGCCGGCGCAAUUCUCCGGUCGUCCUCAAGCGACGCAGAUCGCGUCGCAGAGAAGAAAGACGGGAAGACAGGGAUAGCAGACCACGUACUUAUUUGUUUUCAUAGCAGAACUUUAUCCGCAGAAUUUGCCAUGCACGAAAUGCGUUUUAGUUGGUCUUUGUCAUGGGAAAAAGAAAACUACAGGUUGUGUACAGAACGGAAACGCAGCUUCUGUUGCAUGGUUUGAAAGAUUCUACUAAAAAAAAACAGGUCGCCGCGACCGGUCCCGGCGCGACCGUUCCCGCCGGCGCGAUGACAGGUCUCGCAGAAGGUCCCGGCGACGCCGCGGGAACAACGACAGGCGCGAGCACGAGCGAUCCCGGGAACGCAGCCGCGACCGAAAUAAUCGGAGCCGAGCCAACAGUAAGGAGAACAGCAGAAGGGACAAUAACCAAGACGAAAACAACAACAACAGCAACCGGGACCAGCGACUCCAACCCGUCUCUCGUUCGGAAAACAACAACAACAAUAACCGAGCACAGAAGAAGAAGACCAAACGCGGCGGGCAGAAGCACCGGGGAGGGCAACAGAUGAAGAACGAUUUUGUCGAGGGGCAGGAACUGAAAAAAUUCUUCGUCACGAACAACGACUGCGCCCGGAUACUGGGGCAGAAAGCGAAAAUUAUGAAGGAGGUGGAGAUGGAGUGCGGCGGGGACAUCAUGGUGCAAAACCGAAAGGACGCGGAAAAAAGCGGGUCCCAAUUUCGAUUCAUCCAGAUUAUCGGACUGCCGCACCAAAUCGCAAAGGCCGAGGAACUUUUCCUGCCGUGGUGCGACUACUUCGCCCGGGAGGAUAACGUAUUGUGACUAGGAAAGAGAUUUUCAAUACUUUGGUUCCAGAAAUGAUUUCUCAUGCGAAGAUUGCUAGUAGAUGACUAGAUUUGUUUUUGGUGCGCAGCUCACGGUGCCAAAUCUUCUUCUCCAUUUCCGAAGUGAAUCACGUCAAAAAAAAACACCAAUGCAACAGACCGUCCUGAAAGACGUGCGCGGCACGCCAGAAGCACAGGCACGACAGAAGGAGGAGCCUGUUCGACCGCAGAAGAUUCGGCUUUUCCUUGAAAUUAAAAACGAGGAAAUAGGCAGGAUAGUGGGAAAGAGAGGGACGCUCAUUCGCGAGAUGGAGGUCCUUAUUAUAGGCUACAGAGUUCUUUUUUGUCCACCUGGAUAAAAUGUUUUUAUAGUUGUAAUAGAUGAACAUUUAUUCCUGUUAUGCAUAAAUUUGGCACGACAUCGAUCGUCGCCACUAUGUAGUUUGUGAUGCGAAAAUAAAAUCUUGCGUCGAACAAACAUUCUCGAAAUCAACAGGACGAGACCAACACGAAAAUCGAGAUUGACAAGGGCGCCAACGUCGUGGAAAUCGUCGGUGACAGCGACGGGGAUUGCGAACGGGCCCAGAACAGCAUUCUCCACGAGGUCUCGUGGUUAUCCUGAGUAAAAACGUCCCCACCCCAGAGUUGUCAUGCAAAUUUGCAUGCCAAAAAAGUUUCUCAUGCAAGGUCCCAUGAGAAGCUUUUUCUCCCCGUGUUUUGGGAUUUGUGAUGCUACAAAUAGCAUCAUAUGCUAGAUCUGUGUUGCUGCUGAACUAGCUACUCAGGAUCACACUACGAGGACAAACUUGUCAUGCGAAACAGCCAAAGUUGGCCGAUUUGUCUAGCAGAUUCUCCAUCUUGACUCUGGUAUGGGGACGCUUUUCCUCAGGAUAGUGGUGCCGAAAUCGCGACACCGGGGAAGUUUUGAAGCGCGACUCCUUCCCUGGGCGAGACGGAAUGGACCGAGCGUAUUGAAAUUACAGGUUUUUUGUUCUUUAUGCAUCUUCUUCACAGUCUGUUGACUGGUCCUCACAACUUGUCGUGUGUACAUUUGCUCGCCCGGGAGGUGGACGACGAGAGGUUGUCACAACAUUGCGCCAUUCUAUAGUAUUCUAGCGAUCAUAGAAUUCUUCUUCUUGUUCGUCCCACCACCAGCAAAACAACCGAAAGAAAAAAAAACAGACCCUACCGUGACGAACCCAUCGUGAUGCUAAUUCUGGACAAAGAAGCGGGUCGGGUCAUAGGCCGCGGGGGCGAGGUUAUUCGGGAAAUUAUGGACCUAUGAAAUGCAAAAAUGUCUGGGUCUGGAAGGAUGCAAGGUUUGUCAUGCACAUUUUGCAUGAGCCCUGAUGUCUGUGAUGCAUGCCCUAGCGUCACAGAUUUUGUGAGGGCUUUCUGAUGCCUAUACCGCAUGAGAAAUGCCCUCUCGCAAUGGAAAAAACUGGACCUCUUUUGCUGUUCAUGCAAUACAGAUUUUUGUAGAAUCCAGCUGCAGCAUCACAAGUUCGCAUCCGUCCAGACCCAGACAUUUUUGCAUUUGAUAGGACCGCUCCGGAGCCGACGUUCGGGUCGAGAAGUCCGAAGCAAUAUGCAUUGCAAAAGUAUCCGAUACUAGUAUGAAUUGCAAUACAAAUUUCCUCAGCAUGAGAAAUGAAAUUCGUAAUGCGGAUUUAACUUGAGAAAAAAAUUUGUAAUGCAUGUGCAUGAAUGGGAUCAUUAUUACGAGUUUCCGAUACUUUUGCACAGGAUAAACAAUUUGUGGCGACAACGACGUGUGCCAGAUCCCGCACGAACGCCGCGUCGAAGUAUUUUUGGAAAUUUGUAAUCCUAACGCGAACUGGAAAGUGAAUUUGUAAUGCUAGUAGCGCAAGUCAGUAAGUAUGCAUAAAUACGAAUGCAGUACGUGUCGCCUUAGAAUGCAUGACAAAGGACCCAAACUGCUCUCCUUCACACUCCAGAUCUUCGGCCGGUCGCAGCGCGUCAAGGAGCACGCCCGGGACCUGAUUCUCCACGAAAUCGGGUUUGCAAAAGACGAAGCGGGCAACGUCAUCAAGGACGAUCCAGAUUUCGAAGACAAGGAAAGAAAACGAAAGGGCCUGACAAAGGGUCUCGGGAAGCGCAUGCCGAGCAUAGGAGCCUGGGUGUGCGGCUACUGCGCGGGGGAUCACCGAUCGAAGGUAUCUAAUACACAAGUAGAGACUGUCUUCUUGCCGUGAACUAGCAGUUCCAUAUUACUCUGAGAUAGAAUCGGACUUGCAUAUGAUCGUGCAGCAUGUGUUCUACUGCAUUGUGAGUUUUUAUUUGAAAUCUGUUGAUGCUUAUAACCAAAACAACACCAGCACAAAAGAGAAAAAACACCAUACACAGGACUGCCCCGCUCAUACCCAGAACACGACGACCCUGCAGAUGCUCCAGCUCCUCGGAUUCCACAUGCUUCCAAGUCCUAUACCCAGCAUGCGCACCAUCGGCAUGUAUAAUUCAAUUUUUCCGUGUCAAUACUUUCUGAAAAUCAUGCACAGUGUAGUUCGAUGCCCGGUGUAGUAGUUUCACUUGCUGUUGUAUUUUUUUGCACAUUAAUAGAGUUUUCAAAAAACGCACAGUAUUUUACUUUUUCUGCAGAAAAAAAACUAAGUAUGAUUUCUACCACCAAUCGACAAAAAAACCGGUCUUCACAGGCUCGCCCCUCCCGGCACCCAGCAACCCGUGAUUCCCAGCAACAUCCCGAUGACGGCCAUGCCCCACUACAUCGCCCCGUUACCGGUCGGGCUCUACCCCCCCGCACCCUCCAUGGUGGACAACCAGUACCUGAAUUUUACCGCCCGCGCCGACAACCUCCCCGACCACGGCGGCGACAACGAGUACGAACUGAAUUCCGACUCCGACAGUGAUAGCGACAGUGAGGACUCCGAGUCGAGCAGCAGCUCCUCCAGCAGUAGCAGCAGUAGCAGUUCCGGCGACGGCGCCGCGAAGCAUCCGGCGGCGGACGCGGCAAAAAAGACGACCGAGGGUGUCGACGAGGACGAUUUGUAAGGCGAUUUUGGGAUACCAAUGCUGCUGGCAGUCCUGCAAAAUCGCUGGGUCUUCAGAUGGAGAUGACGCGAUGUGGGGUUCUAGAAGUGCUGGAAUUUUUGGUACAACUGUGGGAAAAAACGAGUCCUUUGGGCAGCUGAGGGUUUGCUGAUUCGGAAGUGAGGCAACUGCUGGAGAUACAGUUUUUACGGCGAUGUAGAGUAGAUUCCUGAUCAUCAUUUACCCGGUGGUGGCGAAACUGACACAAAUUUUUAAUAUCGAGCAAACUUUACCAGUAGUAGGAACAAAGAUUCAGUAUAUUGUGAUGUUUGGCUGAAUAUGGCACUGCCAUACGGAUGAGUUGAUUGAACUACCGAUGCGACAAAAAUUGAGACCUCGAGAAUACCGACUUGUUGUAGAAAGAAAAAUGAGUAGCGAAAAAGCGAAGACAAGGG